AUGAAGGCGAAGGGCGACGGUCACCACUACCAGCACUUGGUUGCGCAGCUGCUCACCCGGGAUGACCCGGAAACGCUGUGGCGCCUCUACCUCGGACUCUCCCAGUGCGUCACCAUCAUCUCGCAGCAGCCCGACGAGUUCAAGGAGCUGGUCGAUGCCCUCUUCCGGUUCGACUGGCGAGGAAGCGACAAGAUCGUGCAGUCCUUCAGCGGCCUUCUGCAACACCUCGUGUCGGCCAACUCCACCUGCAUGGUGCCCGCCAUGCACAUGCUCGUCAGGAAUCUCGUCCUCACCCCCCGGGAUCUUGACUGUGAAGGAAACGUGGAUCCGGCGGCGCUAACACGGCAGCACAACGUGCACGCGGCGCUUCAGGCCAGCCUUACCCUCGUCCCCAGCGGCCGGUCCAAGCUGUUCGGCGUGCUCAAGCAGAACUACCCGCACCGCAGGCUAAGGGCGGAGGUUCUGUCCGACUACGCUCUGCAUGCACUCCGCGUCGUGCAGUACGCCCCGCUCAUUGAGGAGAGUGUCCUGAGGCUGAUCAUCGAGAAAGGUCUUGAGAUCGACGUUGAGAUCAAGAUUAUGGACACGGGGGAGGCUGUGAUCGACGACGAAGAAGACGAGUGCGACGCGUUGUUCACCAUGGACGACGUCGUGGACGGAACCGCCGACAAGAAGAAGCAGACUACCGACGAGGUGGACGAGAUGGCCGACAAGCUGGACGGGGUCAUGCUCGUGGUCUUCAACUACCUGGACCAGCGCCUCACGGCGAACGCCUCGCUGCCGCCGGAGACAAUACUGGGAACCCCUGUGGCCGGGGAUGGAGGUUGUGAAGCCGCUGCGGCGACGCAAGCCGUCUUGCAGGGAGACGAGGCGGGCAGCGACAGCGGUACCCUAAAGGGACGGGGGGGCGGUUCGACGGGAGGGAUGCAAGGGAUGGAACCCGUCGCACGACUGUUGAAGUCUCUUCUGCUGGUUUUCGAGGAGAAUAUUCUGCCGACACACCGCAGUAAGUUCGUGCAGUUCGUGCUCUUCUUCGCCUCCGGCCGUGCGCGCGGACUAGGCUACGCUCUGGUGUCAAAGCUGGUCGGCGUCUUGGGGGAUGAGUCUCGGCCGAAGUUGACUCGCCAGAGCAGCGUGGCGUACCUCGCCAGCUUUCUGGCGAGAGCUUCCUUCGUGGACCCCUCGUUGGUGUCCACUGCCGUACAAUCGCUCUUGGACUGGGCAGGGCAGUACCUCGACCAGUACGCCGACGCCUCGGUAGCAACGCCGGUACAAGCGCUUGGAACUCCGAGCUCGAAGGGGUUCGAGACCCCAGUGGCGACCCGCGUCCGGGCGAGGCCACAGUCCUGGCACGGAAACCACCCUCGCCGGAGCGCUAACGGCGGCGACGGCGGCGGCGGGGUGAUGCAGGCACCGAUGUCGGCAAUGGCCGCGAGGUCGGGGGCCGGGGGCAGCGGCGGGGUGGGCGUCGGCAGCAGCAGCAGCAGCAGCAAGAGCCGGCCGGCGGACCACAUGCUCUUCUACUCGGUGUGCCAGGCGACGUUCUACGUGAUGUGCUUCCGGGGGGACGAGCUCGCCGCCAUGGAAGGUUUCGACAGCCAGGCGGUGAUUUGGCAGCGGCUAUUGACGUGCCCGCUGUAUCCCCUGCGGCGCUGUCUGGACACCGUUCGGAGAGAGUUCGCUCGGCUGUGCUGCGGCCUCAUGGACGCUUACCUGGACAGAGAUCUGCUGGAACACCUCGCAGGCAUUUCUGAAGAGCGGUCGCAGGUGUCGCAGACCAUCACCGUCGGCUCCAGCUUUUCCUGCUCCACGCCGAGGUCAUCGUCGUCCAUGUCCAUGUCGAGCAACGCCAUGUGGACUCCCUCUCGGGUGACCAAGGCUGGCGGCCUGGGACGCGGGUCGAACCCGCUUGACUCGUUUUUUCCGUUCGACCCCUAUCUCCUGCGGAGAUCGCACGUGUACAUCGACCAGAUGUACAACACGUGGAAGGCUCAGGACGAUAGCAGCCGCCGAAGCACCAAAUCGUCGGGCGCCAGGACGCCCGCCGGCGCCGGGGACUCGGACUCUUCCGUCACCAGCGGCAGCAGCGAUGACGAAUCUUCUUCAUCCGAAGACGACGACGACGAUCGAAAUAACGACGACAUGGACGCGAGCUCCAUGAGUUUCCGGGACGGCGCCAGCGGCCUCCGUGCCCGGUCUCUUCACCAACGAAAUGAAGCCGCCAAAAAGAAGAAGAGCAAGGCCAAGGACAGGCUCGCCAAGAAUCGCAACGACGCGGGUGAGAGUUCCGAAGGUGCUUCUUCGGAGGAGGAGGGGGAAGAGGAGGAGGAUGACGAGGCACGCCGCAUGUCGAGAAAAAUGGCCGACACGUACAUCACGGAGAGCAUGUCUGUCACCCCUGCGAGCUCCGUGGCCGUGGGGAGCCUCAUGGGGAGGAGCCUGGGUCAGGCCAUGUCUUCCUCGUUUGCCGACGAUGGUCUCGUGUGGGGGACGGGCGCCGGGGGCGCGGCCGGAACUCCUGACGAUGCGUUUUUCCACGAGAACGUGUCGCCUUGCCCGUCGCCCCCGUUGGCGGACGCGGGUAUCAGCGGCCGCUCUAGACCGUUAGACAUCGGCGUGCGCUCGAAGAGGGCUUUGUUUUGAGUGGCUUGUGGCGGCGAUGGGCGUCCCCUAGGAUAGCUUGUGCUGUCACGAGCCCCCCGUCGCUCCAAGUCAGAUGAUGGGCUUUGGUCCAGACACACCGAAACCGAAACCUCGGUACAAUAGCGUGGUGUUGUAAGCUCUUUUGAGUUCCUUGGCGCGGACGGGCCUCCAUUUGAUCGUUUUGGCACGGCGGACAUGACACGAUCGAAUCCAUUUUUCCCACGUGCGUUGGUUCGGCGCUUUUGUUUUUUAGGGCGUACCUCCAUGUCACGUGGGCAGUUGAGGUGCAUGUGCUGAAUGGACUCCGCACUGGGGUAGUGCGGGGUAGUGUAAUA